CUAGGUUUCCUAGUGUUUGAUUAAGAAACGACGUAUUCUCAAUUUUUUGUUUUGUGCCUCCAAAAAUUUUCUUCUCAAAAUACCCCAAAAGAGAGAGGGAAAAAAGAAAAAAAAAAAAAAAAAAGAAGGAAAAAAGAAAACCAUUGUCAAAGCCAGAAGGUGAGAGUAGAGCAAGCAAUCACGGAGUUGGGGAAUAAAAAGCCAGGAGCUUUUAUAAAAAUCCAAGCUUUGGCGGUGAUCUCUGAGCGUCAGCCUCAACAACAAUGAAUAUGGAAGCUUUGAAGUACGUUUGGGAAGGUUCAAUUCCUUUGCAGAUUCAUAUCCAUGAAUCCGAAGUCACCACUGUUCCUGCUCCUCCACCUGCCCUUGUAUAUCUUAGCUCCUCGGAUUGGGUAUUUACCUCUGUUGGCUUCUCGUAUUAAGCCUUACUUCAGUGGUACGCUUCCUCCUGGUGUGGACACUAUUUGGUUUGAGUACAAUGGGUUGCCCCUAAAAUGGUAUAUACCAACUGGAGUUUUAUUUGAUCUUCUAUGUGCGCAACCAGAAAGACCUUGGAAUUUGACGGUGCAUUUUAGAGGAUAUCCGGGAAAUAUAUUAAUCCCCUGUGAAGGUGAAGACAGUGUAAAGUGGAGCUUUAUCAACUCCUUAAAAGAGGCAUCAUAUAUAAUCUCUGGAAACUGCAAGAAUGUAAUGAACAUGUCUCAACCUGACCAGGAGGAGCUAUGGCGUUCUGUCUUAAAUGGUAAUUUGGAUGGCUACCUACGGGUUUCAUCUAAACUUAAGCUUGGAAUAAUUGGCGAUCAGCAUAUAGCAGCCUCACAUUUAAACUCCUUAAAAUCUUGGCAAAGUAUUGGUGAGACUGAUACUACCGGCCAGGUCAAGACAGGUAGGGUUCCAGUUCGGCUGUAUGUUUGGUGUGUUGGUGAGGACUUUGAUGAUUUUGAAGACGCACCACAUAUUGAUGCUUGGGAGAAAAUCUCUUAUAUAAACCAACCUGUUGAAAUUCAAGGAGAAGGUACGCUCUCUUAUUUGGAGCAUCCCUCUUCACGUAGUAAGUGCUUUACCUUAGGUGAUGCACUGAAAUUCCUUCUGCCUGAGUAUUUUAGGGAGAAUUCCUUGAUUGAUGAGGAAUCAUCAGAAGCUAAAGGUGAAAAUGAGCAGAAAGGUUCCUCUGAAGAUGCAGGUGGUAAUGUAAGGGAUAAAGAUGGUGAAGGUCUAUGUGAAAAUGAGAACAGCUUCCAGUCUGUUGAGGCCGAGAUCAAGCUUGUUCGAAUCCAAGGUAUCGAACCAAAAUUGGAGAUACCCUUCAGUUGGGUGGUGAGCAACUUGAUAAACCCUGAGCACUUUCUUCACAUCUGUGUGUGUGUAAAAGUUCCACAAUUAACACCAUAUGCUAUGUAAACAUUCUUAUCUCCCACUUGUAUUUAGAAUCAUUUACUGCUUAGAAUUGUACAUAACAAUUUAUUUGUCGUUGUACAUUUCCAUAAUUCAUUUCAUUAUCCAUUUUUC